AUGGGCAAGGGCAAGAAGAGCAAGGCGACCAAAAAGAGUGCACCAAAUAGCGCAAAGAAAGUGACGGUCGGUCAACCGGAUGUGCAGGUCAUCACUGCCAUUGCAAGCCCACAAGACUCAUCAAUUGCGACAAACACGCCCUUAAUGUCGAAGUCGAAGCGUAAACGAAUGAAGAAAGCGGCAGCUGUAGAAUCGUUAAGUAUGAAUCCAGCACCAUCUAUAGUGAAGUCGACUGCAGCUGCAACGACACCCAUUAAGACGAAGGUUGCGGUAUUGACGCCUUCUCUUGUCGCCAAGCCACAUGUGGUUUCGCUGACAAGGGACAAGAAAAAAAGAAAGCUUAAUGCAUUGAUGGGAAGUACUGACGCCCUAGACGCUAGUUCUGCAUCAAUUGAAUCGAUAAAAAGACGAUUGAUAGAUGAAGCAAACACUCCUACGACAAUUAAGGCCAAAAAAGUGGUUGCUCUGUCGGGUCAGGGAGGUGUGCCGUCAAUUAGUAGUAUGAAUGCAAAGUCUGAGGCAUUAUCAGCGGGUUCGAAGCAGAUGCAUUUACAGGCUCGGCAUGUUCACAUGAAGAAAAGCAAGCAGAGCCAGCAUUCACACAAAAAGGAAAGUGAGGCGUUGGAAGCUGGUCAAUUGAUGGCGCGUAAAACGGUGAAGAAGGUAGCGAAGAUAGUUUCAUCGCCUGUGGUUGUGCAACCAAAAGCGAAAGAAAAAGACUGUUUGAUCGCAACGACGUCGCUUAUGAUAAGGCAGCAAGAUAAAAGUAAGAGUGCUAACAACGCGUCUAAAGUCGCUGCUGAGAACCCAGAACCAGUGAUGCAUACCCUUUGUGUCGCUCAGGCAGAUAGUUCAGUGAAAGAGUCACAAUCUCAAAAUCUGAAGGCAGAGAAAACAGAAACAAAUAAAAUUGAAACAAUCUUGCCGAUAAACGACAAGGUGAAGCUUUGUGAAAAGACAAACCUUGAAGGAGGACCGGACGAUUCCACAGUUGCUCAUCUAGGGAGUUUUGACACAAUGCCACCACUGGCAUUGUGUGACACAGGCAUGGGUACGAUAUCAUUUUCUGAGGUGUCAAAUGAACCUACGAGUGGUCUUCUCAAGCCAAGGCCGGUGUCGAUAGCCGUGGACUCUCCACCACAAACGGUAUCUGCUAAGGUCGAACCGCGACAAUUAGAGAAGGGAAAGACAACAUUUGAUGCAGCACUUUUAUCCAGCUGCGGUUUUAAUCAAUCGCCAUCGGCAAAGCAGCGCUCUUCAAAAGCUGAGAUUUUGCAACCAUUUGAAGAGUACACAGAGUGUGUUAGUAGUGGUAUCGCUAUUCAAUUUGAUACAGAACAACAAUGCGCGAUAUCAGAAAACAAUUUUAUGGUGGACCCUUCGGCAGACAAUGAAUGCGUGAACGCUGCGGCUCAUGUGGCGAGUGAUUUAUUGAUGACAUCAGUUCUUGAAAACGAGUCACAUGCAAAGGAUACCCAAGUUGCUAGUACUGUAGCAGAUGUUACACUUUCCUAUAUGAAACAGUCUGAUCGGACAGCUGAAGAUACGGAUUUGACAGAUUCACGAAAUGGAAUGAGUCAGGAUAACAAGGAAGUCCUUGCAAAGGACAGUCAGACGUGCAAAGAGACGGCAAAGAAGGGUGAACGAGACACAAUUUCUGAUGUUGCUAAAAACACUGGUGCUCGUCUUUCUCAACAAAUGGACACUCUACCGUCGCGUCCGCCAAAUGCUUGGGGUGCGUCGUUUGGCCUGGAGCCGCCAAUUCAGCGUACCCCCUCUAUACUUCAAAGGCUGUCAACGACGCCUCUUAGUUCGUGGUUUCUUUCUAAAGGAUGCGCAAAUUUUAUCAAGCAUAUUCAUUUCUCGGAUGACGAGAGCACCGAUGAUGAUAAUGAAAGUUUGGUUCGAGUUGACAGAACUUCACCCAAGAGGAGAACCUCGAAUGUAAAGAAAAAUGCGUUUCUAGAGACGCUGACAAACCACUCAAGUUGGCGCACGUGGUAUGGCGACGUGGACGUAAAUAGUCCGCUGGAUCCCCCGCUACCUCAUUUUCCGGUGCAUAUGGACGAAGCUAAAGUACCUGCUUUUUCAAUGCCUAUAGUAAAUCAUCAAGAGACCGAUUUAACAAGAAAGAAAAGCAAACUUGCGAUGCUAGAGGCUGACAUCAGACUCGAAAAGCUUCGAGGCUCAGCGUUUAGUUUGCAACUACUGAUGGCACUUCAAGGCAAAAGUUUGUCGGGGAACUCGCUUGAGGAGGAUUACAAGAUGCUUUCGCAACGGUAG